AUGGUUGCAAAGAGGAGGGGAAAGUGGACACAAGGAGAAAGAGAGGAAGAAAAGGUUAGAAGAGUUGAAAAGAGAAAAGUAUGCAAUGAGAGGAGGGAGAAUACAAGGGAAGAGAAUGAGAGAGGAGAGGCCAUGGGAUAUCAUGAUCAGAGAGGGAAAGAGGAGGAUGAUGAGAGAGAAGAUGGAGUAAUAAAAAGAAGAGAAAGAAACCAGGGAGAAGGAAGGGGGAAAAGGAUGGAUGAAAAGAGAGGAAAGAUGGGUGGAUGGAUGGAGAGGGUGCGGGCGGAGAGCCAGGCCUCUAAGAGUCAGCAGAGGGUUUGGACAGGAGGUCAUGUUGGCCCAUGGCAGCAGAUCUCCUCUCCUCCUUUUCCUCGCCUGGCUGACAGACUGUGA